AUGACCAAGGUCACCGAUCCAAGCGAUGAACAACUCGAGCAGUUCAAGAAGGCAACACCGAGGACAGUAGUGCUCACCACGUCCACUGGAGCACCGAUUUUCAACAAGACUAACUCGCUUACAGUUGGACCAAGGGGACCAAUGCUUAUGCAGGAUGUCAUCUACAUGGACGAAAUGGCUCACUUCGAUCGCGAACGAAUACCUGAGAGAGUUGUCCAUGCCAAGGGAGCAGGUGCUCAUGGUUACUUCGAGGUCACUCACAACAUCAGUAAGUACUGCAAAGCGGAGGUAUUCAGCAGUAUUGGCAAGCAGACGCCAUGCUUUGUUCGGUUUUCCACCGUAGGUCAGUAUCAGUAG